GUGUGGUUCUCCCCCCAUCUUCUAGCAUGCUUACGCGACUGGAAAUACGUAACUUAUUUAUCACUGCAUUACAACUAAAGUUCUUCUCACAAUAUUAUCCGCGUUUGAAGAUUCCCUUUUACUUGUUUGUGUAAGAGGAAGUUCCUGAACGAGACACAACGCGACGCAGUCCCAGAGCUCACAACAUCCGCCUUCCCACCACCACCACCUAAUAAACCCCCCCAACUCGCCCCGGUCCUCUCUCUCUCCCAAAACAAACAAAAUGGAGACUCCCAGCCAACCAACCCUUUCCCGCAUCGCCCUCGGCGCUUUGGACGUCAACAAGCACCUCAAUUCCCCGCUUGGCAGCCCCAAGAAGUCACCAGUCAAGAAACACAAUUUUGUGUUUACCGAUGAUGGCGCGGAGCAGGCCCCGGUGGCGCGGAGCAUGAAAGAGCGGUUACUGGAAACUGAAGUGCCGGUGCUGAGGGAGACGCCGGUACGCGUUGUUGAGGCUCAGGUUUCGCCCAGAAGUGAGAAGAGGAAGGAGGCGCCUACGGAUGUUGGGGGACGCGAGGAGGAGCGUGUUAAGGUUGCAAGGAUUGAGGGGAGGGAGAUGGGUGGGUUGGGUCUGGCAAGUGAGUUGGGGGGGGUGGACGCGGUGGGGAUGGAGGGGGACGAGGGGCUGGAGUCAACUCAAGCAACAUCCGUUUGCGCCAGGACACCAUCAGCUUCUCCAGAGGUUCCACUGGGGACAUCACACUCAACAACCCUCACCUCCCCCGACACAGUCCCCAACUCCGCAAGAGAAUCACCCACCCCGACCGCCCAAGCUAACACCACCGACUCCGAGCUCCGCCAGAACGCCUCAGCCCUCCGCCUACGCCUAAAAUUCGCAAUGUACAAGCUGAAAACCAACCAACACGACAUCCCCCUCUCGCGCCUCGAACUGCUCUCCCCCCUCCCCAAACGGACAUCCCCAGCGCGCCCCACCACCGCGAUUUCCUCUCCUCCCCACGGCGAUGAGUCAGAGGAGGAGCCAGGGUCUGCGACGCCGAAGCCGAAGCAUAGGCAGUUGAUGGAUCUGGAUGUGGAGGGGCUGUCGCUGGAGAAGGUGGAGAUGCUGACGCCGCUGCCGAGGCACAUGCAGGUGGGGGUGGGGGCUAUGCCGGGGGGGUAUGAGGAGUUAACUAGUAGUGGAGUUAAGGGGCGAGCGGCGGAUGGCUUGUUGAGUUUGAUGGGGGUGAGGGAGUAG